UUUCCAAGUGAGCCCAGUGCUGUUUAGCUGAGGACGGGCAGUGGAUGAUCUGAGCAAUCCUGGGGUGCCAGCUGGUAUUUGAAGAGGCCACGUGUGCCUUGCAAGGUGAGCUGGCUUGGACACUUUGCUCCCCUCCCCAGUCACCACUUCCUUUUCCGGUACAGUAACUGUGGGGCAGGCAGCUCUGGUGUCUAGCAAUGACUCACUGACUUCAGAGGUGAAGUCGGGGAAGUUAUGUGAGCUCACUGGAAGACAUGGCCGCCUGAGUAGAAGGCAAACGACGCAGAAGAAGCCAGUGAACCAAUCCUAACAGAAGGAAGAAAAGGAUGCGGCUGGGCCAGAUGGCUGGGGUGCUGCUUCUCCUUCAGCACACCUCUGCAUGCCAGGAGCUCAGCUGUUUUGCGGACUACAUCCAGCGGCUGGAAUGCACGUGGGGAGGCGGCCUCAGCCCAGCUCAAAGGGCCCUGUACAACCUCACCGCGACGUGGAACUGUGGAGAUGGUGGGAGCUGCUCCUUCAACCUUACCGCCAGCAAUGGCACCCAUGCGCGCUAUGCCUGCUUUUCCGAGCAGAAGCUCUGCUUUGCCCUCAACGCCUUUGAGGUCAGCAUCGCCACAACUCCUGCGGAGGAGCCUUCGCGGCUGCCCCAAGGCUGCAAUAAGACGUUCCUCUUCCAGAAUCACAUUAAGCCAUAUCCGCCAAUCCACCUGGCGGCAGCGGCAUCCUCUGCUGGCUACACCCUUUCUUGGGAGACGAGAUACCUGGACCAGGAGUACCACUUACUGAGUGACAGCCUGCAGUACGAGUUGCGGUACAAGAAAAGAGGCCACCCUUGGCAGCGGCAGAGCCAGAAAUCCCUCCUGCAGGACCUGCGCAGCUUGCGGCUUCUGCCCCAGGAGUUGGAGCCAGACACCAAGUACGAGUUCCAAGUGCGCUCAAAACCGGCCUCUUCCUACCAGGGAACGUGGAGUGACUGGAGCCCCCCCGCCUCCCUCAAGACCACACCCAAGGCCCCAGAGCAGGGUGGACUCCAAUGGCCGGUCGUGCUGGUGCUCAGCUCCACAUUUGCUGUCCUCGCGUUCGUCCUGGGGUGUCACCAGAGGUUGUGGAAGAAGCUGGACUGUUUCACCCCCAGCCCAGCCCCCUUCUUCCAGCCCCUCUACCUGAGCCACAAUGGAGACUUCAAGAAAUGGGUGGGUGCCCCUUGCUCUGGCACGACCCUCGAUCCCUUUGAGUGGGGCAUAGUUGUGUCAGAGAUAUUUGGGAUCGGACACAAGCGUCUUCUGCUGAGCUGUUCUGAGGGAGACUGGAACGAGGGCCAGAACAGGCAGCCUCCGAUGUCCGCUCCACUCCUGUCGGAACUCUCGCAGGCCUCUGCCACGGGCUGCAGUGCCACAUUGGGCCAGGGCUACGGCCACCUCUCCAUUGGCACCGUCACGGUGGCGGAGGAUUUGGCCAUGCACUGCCCCCAUUGCAGCAGCGCCCACCCAUGCUGGGCCCUGCAGGAGGAGCUGCAGGAGGAGACGGAAACCAGCGAAAAGACGACCUAUCGCGGCCUGCAGUUCGACAGCAGCGGCAGCCUUGGCCUGGGCUCCGGGCAUCUGCUGCUGGGGAACGAGAUGCCCCUGCAGGGCUCCUUCCCCUCUGGGCCGGCCUCCUGGGUGAGCCACCCGCCCUUUGGCUCUCCCCCAGGGGGCGAGGAGAGCUUCUUCGGUCUGCUGCCUGCCCCCUCGCUUUUCAGCCCUUGCCCCCCUGCCACAGCCCCAGAGGAAGGCCUCUGCUGCAGGGGACCCCCGUCUCCCGACUGGGAGGGGGAAAGUGAUCCCGUCAACGGCCUGGAUCUGGACACCAUUGACAGCGGCUUCGCAGACUGCGACUGCAGGAGCCCUGGCGAUGGGGAGCUGGCGGAAAUGCCGGCAGGCUGCAGUUGCCACUCUGAGCCGGGCCCUGUUGUGGGGGAACCUGAAAAAGAGGACUUUCUCCUGCCGAGAUACGUCAAGCAGUGGAUUUAGUCCCACAGCACUGAGGCACUCUGGUGGGCUGGACAGAGGCUGAGGACCGGCUCACCUAGGAGCAUCCCACACGCCUCUGCCAGCUCUUGCAGGAUUCUUCUGCCCCAGAGGCUCGUGAUGCCACCUCCCCUCCUUUGCCCCAUGCCAGAAGGUGCCCACCUUCCUUUUUGUACAGGUGUGGCGUCCUCCGGGCAAUGGUGGAAUGGAAGGCUUGGGGCAUGAGAGGCAAAUGGGAGGGGGAGGGGAGCUGAGCUCGUGGGAUCCCAGCCUGCACCCAGGGGUGAAUUGGGCCGGUCCUGCCCUGGUUUUCCUUCCCUCCUUGCAGUUAGAGUGGCCUUUUGCUUCUGCACAAUGUUUAGCUGAUAGAGAUGUUUAAAGAGUGAAACUGACCUACAAGAAUCAGGGGUUCCUAGCUGUGUGAAUGUCUUGGGAUUGUGGCUCUGCCAUGGGAGACGCUGGACCAGAUUCCCUUCCUGCCCAGGCUGGAUGCUAAGACCGCUCAGAUGGACACCGACCAUCUACUGACCACAAAUAAAAGCUUUCAGAAAUUGUUGUCCUUGGUCCCCGAUGGCCUUCAAGCUCACAGAAGUGAUAUGGAUAGCCACAGGCUAUGGGAGGAGGAGGAGGAGGUGACAAUGCAUUGUGCAAUUAUCGUUUGGCCACACCAUUGCAGCACACACACCUCUGUUUUUCUCAUGCAAGGGUUUGUUCACUUAGUGUCACAGGCUGGGACAGAAGCAUCGUUCAACAAGAACAUCUUGCGUUCUUUUAAAGCAAAGGGCCUUGUUCUUUCCAACUCAGCAGGAUGUUAGGACCGGAAUGACAUGACCACCCUGAGGAUACUAGACAGAAGGUGACGAACGUGGGAGGGGAGGAAGAAGUGGCAGCAAAGGCCGGCUGAGUUUGAAAAUGGGCAGAUCGAACCUGAUGGGAGGGGCUGAAGAAGAGAUGACCCAGAAACAC